CGGUCCUGUCGGCGUGGUUCCUGCUGGAUUCGUUUUGCAGGCUGUUUGGGAAUACUUACAAGGGGCGCAGAGCCUGCACAAGAAUGUGCAGUUUUCAGAGGGGCGGAGACAAGCCUGCCUUGCAUCCAUAGCGAGUAAAGCGGCGUACGGGCAGCCUCAUAGUGGGCUGCUGUGGGGAAUAGCCUAAGUUCACAAUAGGGAAACAGCACGGUUCUCUCUCGGUUCUUCUGGGCCAUAAUGGGUGGAUGUUUUUCGGUCGCAGCGGCGAGUCACACGGCCCGAUAGGCUUUCUUUUCCGCUGCUGUUGAACUAAACAGAAUAGUCCAUGUGUGAAGUGACACUGGGAUUCGAACAAGUGACCCGCCUAACAUAGUUAUAAGUGCGGCUAUUUUAGAGGGACGCAACACCGUAGCCCAGGAGGGCACACCGCAGGGUUUAGCCUGCAUUAGACGGAUACCAGCCGGAUUGUUCAAGAGCACCUUCCGCGGCUUGUUUCCCCCGUGGGGUGGCUAUGAAAAGUGGACAGUCUGGUUUGUUUUCUCUAUCCACUUCCAGUCUGCAUGGAACAAAGUGUGCUUUAUGAAACAUAACCUGCGCCGUGAGGUGGAUCCAGGCGGUUCGUCAGCGUGGGCUUAUAUGUCGUAGUAAUUUCUAGCCCAGAAGUGCCGCGUCUCUCCCGAAAUCAUCACCAUCAUGAGGACCACCGAGGAGACAGAGGGCUUUGACGGCGAGGCCUCCAACACUUCCAUGAUAUCCGGGGCCAGCAGUCCGUACCAACCCACCACCGAGCCCGUCCAUGCCAGGAACGUUUUGGGGGGGAUAAGGUGGGACGUGGAGUACCUUAAGUCAUACUUUGGGAUAUUAAAGGUGGUUGAAGUGGUCUUGUCGCUUAUUGGAUUCAUCUGCAUAGAGACCAUCAUGAUGUGCUCUCCCUGCGGAGGGGUCUACUUCUUUGAGUUUGUCAGCUGCAGUGCCUUCGUGGUGACGGGAGUCCUCCUCCUGAUCUUCUGCCUCAACCUGCACACCAAGGUCCCCCAUAUCAACUGGAGCCUAACGGACCUGGUUAACACCGCUGCCAGCACCUUCUUCUUCUUCUUGUCGUCUCUUGUGCUGGCCUUCAUCAACCACAAAACUGGAGCUGAAAUAGCUGCAGUGGUCUUUGGCUUCCUGGUGACAGGUGUGUAUGGAGUGAACACCUUCCUGGCUGUACGGAGGUGGCGCCUCGCCAGUGGCUGUCAGGGUCCGGCUCAGACCAGCGAAUACAUGCGAGCGCGCACGGCAUCUCGUGGAGAAAUGGAGGUUAGACCCGAGCUUGCGUGAGCGAACACAAUCAGAGGGACUAAGGGAACGUCACUUUACCGGCAGCUGACUGAGAUGGACUCUUCCCCGCCUUCACAACGGUAUUUCACUCAUGUCUCGAGUGGAAUGGCCAUCUCAAGUUCACCACCUGCUUUUGACUUCUCGCCUCAACACCUCAGCUGCGCUUUCCGCCUGCCCAGCCACUGAAUUAAUCUUAAUUUCAUAGCCGCAGAUGAGCUCUGUGGCUUUGCUUUUCAGGCAUCCAGACUUCAGCGACACACAAAGACUCUAAAGUGAAGAGCUCAGGUCAGAAUUAAAGUGUUCUCUGUAAAACCUUUCAUCGACACAUCUUUGUAAAUCAGCGUGAAGGAUGACUUUCACACAGAGCCAAAAAGCCUGACUUCACUCCAGUUGUGCACGGACUCCUGUUCUGGCAUACGUGUUGUUUUCACUGUGAAUGCAGUCGAAUAAAAGAAGGUCAAGUUUGCUUAUUUCACACUGCUUCCUGUGAAGUUACUGUCCGUGAAGCACCAUGACGUUGCUGUUCUUUCAUCACCUUUGGCUUCUCCCAAGGCUGACGUUAGAUAUUUUGAUCUAAAGACGACACAGACUGAUUUAAAGACUACAACCUGUCACUCCUUCACAACUUUUAUAAAAGUCUUUGUGAUCAUACGCUGCUAUUAAGAUUUUCCUGCCAGCAAUUGUACAAUAACAGCACAGGGUCAUUCUAAACUGCAAUAAAGAUGGACAGUCCAACAGAAUGUGAAAAUAUCACUUUUUGCAACACAAAUAUAAAUCGCAAAUGUGAGACCAGAACAAAAAAACUUUCCAUUCCAUUUGUUUUAUCCCAGCUUGUCCAUAUACUAUCCAACCAAUAUUCACACUAGCAUUCUUACAUUUGUAAUUCUCAAUUUUUAGGUUUAUGUUUUGCACAUAUCCAAGGCUUCGGAUAACACAAAGUGUUUACGGUAUGUCAGUGAGACUCAUUUUGAAACAAACACCAGAUCAAUGCCCCAAGCCUAUACUCUGCAUCUCAGGUACUGACACACUCCUCUCAAUCUUUGACUCUUGAAAAACAUUUGAAAUGAAAUCACAGGGUGCCUCGACCUGAACGCUGUAUCUCUUAAUGCCUUCCUAAUCAUUAGACGUGAAAUGACUAUCAUAGAGAGGAACUGAUACUGUAAGUGAAGAGAAAACGAAGUCACGGGAAGGUGGAGACAGGUGUGGAUGGAAAUGCGGUACAUUCAGCAUUAUUAUCACAGCUUUCCCUCCAUAUUAGGCUGAAUUAAAAUGUCUCAUUAUGUGUCUACAUUGCGUCAUCGCAGCACAGCUAUUUUAAUGCUCAUGUGUACAGAAUGCAAAUCAUUCAUGUUUUUCUGCUCAGCCAGUGCAGGAGGCUUAAUCUUAAAAUUUGCAUUUCAGUGUGAAGGAGGAAAUUUCAGCUGGUUUAUUACCUUGUUAGUGCUAAUUGCUAAUGUAUUGAAUCUUCACUUUGAUGUGUGUGUUUUGGUUGUUGCUUGAGUAUACUGGAUACUGGACUUCGGUGAGAUUGUGCAGAUUCUAACUUGACUCUAUGGCUCCCUCUCCUGGUCUUGAUCGAAAAUGUAUUCCUUGUGACUUCAGUGGGCUGAAUGUCCAGUCAGAUGACUACAGUGGUGUGUUUAUAAGGAGAGGAGCAGAAAUGUAUUUGACUUUGGGUCCAGAUGAAAAAUAAAAACUGUAUGGCUUCUUAAACAGCCUGAACGUGUCCACACUACACAGUAUGCUUAAUGAAUCAGGCUUUUUUUUCAUGUCCUCAGUAACUUAAAUCAAGUACAACUUCGAUUCUGAAGUAGUUUUAUGGAUAGACAAUCAUAUUUGUUAUUCUGUCUGUCAUUUACAUUGAUGAAUUUGAUUCUGAGUGAUGUAAAAAUAUUCACAUAAACAUUUGUAAGGUAGACUUUGCUGCACAAUCAUGCAAGUGCAUGAUGCUAUUUGAUAAUAUAAACUGACCAGUGUAUUUGUCACAUAACAAUAUCAAGCUGCAAAUAUAUACACCUUUAUGCUACAAUACAUAUUGUUAUGAACUAUUUGUAUUUAUGGGGAAGAGAAGAAACGUUUUCUGCGAGUUUCCACAUUGUUCUAUAGACAUCAGAAGCAGAAGAUGAUGAGGUGAGACGUCCUUCUGCUUCCUUUUUAAUUCUGUGUGCUUUAAUGAUUAAUGAUUACAACGAGGUCGGUCUUGUACAGCAUGGAGACGUACUUAAAUGUAUUUUUGUAUUUAAGAUGUUGACAAAAGGCUUCACGUCAGUUUUAUGUGACAAUUUGAAUAAAAUAAUUUGGACAUUA